AUGGAGGGUGUGGACAUCUCCGAGGGGGACGCCGGCUUCGCCAUGCUCCUGACCCUUCUUGCCGGCCUAGCCACCACGAUCGGCGCAGCAAUUGCGUUCUGUGUCAAUACUGACGACAACCGUGUGUUUGCGAUCUGCCUGGGCUUGGCUGCUGGUGUGAUGGCGUAUGUGUCCUUCUCAGAGAUCUUGGACAUGACGAAUCAGAGCUUCCAGGACGCAGACCUCACUGAGCGGAGUGCUUUCACGUUCGGGACAUUGACCGUCUUCGGAGGGAUUGUCCUCGCUAUGUUGGUGGAGUGGAUCGGAACAAAGAUCUUCCACAGGCAUGUCGGCGAGGUUGACAUUGUCAUCACCGACGCUCCUGAGCCGGAAGCCCAGGAUGGAGCCACCGACAAACCCCUCAGCACCUCUGAGCGGUUGAAUAUGCUGCAGAUGGCCGCGUUCUCAGGGAUUGCUGUCGCUUUGCACAACUUCCCCGAAGGCAUCGCCACCUUCAUUUCCACAAUGGCAGAUCCCAGCUUUGGGCCGGCUAUGGCUUUCGCCAUCGCCAUGCAUAACAUCCCCGAAGGCUUGGCUGUGGCAGCGCCCAUCAAAAAGGCCACCGGUUCCAAGUGCAAAGCCUUUUUUUGGGCCUUCGUCUCCGGCCUCUCCGAGCCCCUCGGUGGGCUCUUGGGAUGGCUGGUUCUCAAGGACGUGCUCGGGCCCGCAACCUACGGAAUCUUCUACGGUCUCACCGCGGGCAUCAUGAUCCACAUCUCCUUCAAGAAGCUGCUGCCGACCGCCCUGAAGUACGAUCCGGGCAAUCGUUACACAUCGUACUCCUUCUUCGCCGGAAUGGCUGUGAUGGCAGUCUCCUUGAUAGCCUUCAGCUCGAUUCAUCCGGGUUACCACUUGGCACAGAGGAACGGGCACGGCUAUCCCGAUGCUUCCCAUGACAGGCCCUAUGCAGUCCCGGGCAAGGCGGCGGAAGAGACCGACGACUCUGCACUGAUGCAGCCCGAGGUCGAGGAGCGGGCGGCCCCUGGAGGCAGCAAGCCAGAGAAAUUGGAUCGAGCGGAGCGCACCGGAAAGGUCUGGCUGAAACCGGAGGAGGCUCUUGAAGCGGUCCAGCGGCUCGUGGGCGGGCGUGAUCGGAGCAAGGAUCCCCGGGCAGCGCCUUUGGGUGACUGUCAUUUGCUUGGCUUCUGGGGCUCGUCUGGCGAGGAGAUCCGGAUCCCAAUGCGCUGGGAUGGCAUGCAGUACUACUGCAGUCUGGACAUUCCUGCCGGCGAGGAUGCGAUGCUACAGGUCAGCGCACCUGCAGGGAGGAUUUAUCCCAGUGUGGAGGGUGCCAACCCGUCCAUACGUCAUGAGCUGUUGGGUCCCCACGCGGUGCAUGGUGAUCAGUCCUGGUUCCUGGACAGCUCCCGCCUCUCCCGAAAGGCCCAGAUCUUCGUGGCCUGCCCUCGCGGCUGCGCCGUGGCCCUGGGCUGGAGGAUCGACGGUGAGGAGAUAGCGAAGGUGAAGUUUCCAGUGGAAGCACAGGAGCUUCAGUAUUAUGCCCGCGUCCACGAGAUUCCCGGCUUGCCAGAUUUGCUGGACUUCGGCAUAGCCCAGACAUAUACAGGCGGCCGUCUAUCCAACAAGGGCUUCUACAUGGCCAUGUCAAGGACGGAGCCUUGCCUGGACACCCUGCUUCGAGGCCACCUUCACAUCCAUGACUCUUGGCUUUCUUGCGGGCGUAUCCUUGGCCGGCUCUCGUGGCCCGUGGCCGCAGACCUCGGCGUGCGGCUCCUCCGCACGCUGCAGGCCAUCCACCGGAAAGGCAUCCUACACUGUGACAUGAAGCCUGGGAACAUCUUGUUGCGGCGUGGUGAGCCUUGGGUACAGCUGAUAGACUUCGGGCGGGCGGGCAAUGUCGGCCAAACCCGUUUCGACGCGGGCCACGGUGGAAUGCGAGACUACAUGUCUGUCAAGUCAGGCAUGGAGGGGGGCCAGCGGAGCACCGCUGACGAUGUGGAGUCACUGGGCUGGCUCCUCUUCCGCUGCUUGCACGGCGGCUUCCCCUGGAGCGCCAAGAGCCCCGAUGGAAGAAGUUGGGCUUUGCAGAUCGUAUAUGUGUCGGAGAUGUUCAAGGGUCCCUGUGUUGAGGGUGAAGGUGUGGGUGGUUGA